CUACAGAAAUUGGCCGGGCGGGUGUCGGUUUCGGGGCUCGGGGCAUGGGAGGCACAGCCGGGGGACGUGGGGGGACGUGGAGGUCCCCCCCCGCGGGUCGGCAGGGUCAAACCUCCCAGCUCUGCAGAGCGUCUUCCCAGGCGAUGUCCCCUGUCCCCCCCCCCCCGGCAGGGACGUGAUCUCCCCUGGCCGUGCCACCCCACACUGGAGACACAAGGUCUGUCCCUCCAGCUUGGCAGCCAGGGGGAUGGAUCCCUUACGGGUUGUGCAAGGGACAGGCGAAGGCCCAGUUUCGUUCCGCUCCCCUCCCCACUUUGUCCAUCCGACGGGGACAAGCCGAGCCAGAUGACCUUCUCUUGCCAGGCCAGCGCCUCCGGCUCAUGGCACCAGCCCCGGCAGGGCUGUCACCGGGGUCCCGGCAGCCCAGGAUGUGUCGCGGCGAGGCUGAGCACUGGUGGGCACAGGGGGGCUGGGACUCACUUGCCAGGCGGGAUGGGGUCCCUGUGGUACCCGGCCGUGGGAUGGACUGGCUCUGCUGCGCUACAGGCAGAUGGAUGGCGGGGCAGCCUGGAGGAGGUCUGCCCGGCUCCAGCCUGCUUUUGCAAAGCUUAAAAGCUUAAUUUUGGUUGACUGGGGGAAGGUGCUGCCAUCACUUUUGCAGUAGCAGCAGCCUCCUCUUCCCCAGUGCAGAUGCGUGCAGGGCUGGGGCUGCUCGCUGCAUCCCCUUGGCUUGGAGUGGCCCAGGGAAGCAGGGCUGGGGCAGCCAGCCCACAGUAAAAUUUAACACCCACCCAGCCCCUUCUCCUCCUCCUCCCGGGUGGGAGAAGGGUGUCCCAGGGCUUGUUGCUUGGAGACUGCGAGGCCAUUUUCUGCAGGAUUUGGGUGCUGAGAGCCGGGCAAGGCAGGGGCACGGCUGCGAGCCGGGAGGAGCGUGGGGGAACAAACAGCUCCAAAUCCAGCAAAGCCCUUGCGAACAGAGCGCAGGGAAAACUUGCAAGCGCAUCGAAUUUUCUCGCUGUGCCAGAUUUUGUCACUGGCAAAGGCACUCGCGAGGAGAGGCCCAGCACGGUGUACCCUGCCAGGCAGGCAAGGUUGCUCCCACCAUGGCACCCACUGCUUGAGCCGGGGCUUUUCGGGUCUGCGGGGCCAGCAUGGAUAAAAACCUCAUGGAGGUUUUAUAUCUGGGGUAUAGGAGGGUUGAAAGUUGGGAACAAGACAGAAAACAGUCAUAUUUUUAUCCAUAUGUUUGAAUCAUAUCUGUUUCUAGCUAGUCUGUGCUACCCUCCUGUUUUCCUAGCAGCAGAUUAUUUGGGAUGAUUCUGGGAGCUGGAGGGAAGCACAGACUUAAAUGUGUGUGAAUUGUUAGUGCACAUUGCAAAAAAUCCUGCACAGCUGUAGUUGGGGCAAAAGGCCAGUUGGCUUCUCUGCCAAAAAACCUGCUUACAUUUCCUCGGUGUCCAAAGACCUCAAUGUUUGGGUGAAAACACCGGAUCCCCCUCCCCAGCACCACCCGGCUGUAGAUGUGCUUUCGGGUUCAUGGCAGGGAGGUGGCAUGGCAGCGGCGUGUGUCCCUCUGGAGAGAUGGAGUUUCUCUUGGUUUAAUUCUGGGUUUUGCUGGUGGGGUUUUGCCAGCAAGAGGCACACUUUGGGUUGACUUGCCGCAGCCCAAGAAAUGGUCAGAAAGAGGGAAAAGCACCUGCACAUUACGGGUGGUGGCUGCUGUCCUGUGCGAAGGUGGAUUUGGGGUUUCUGGUCCAUGCUCUGACUGGCCCUGGACAACUCUUGGGCUGACGGGUGGCCCGGUGGGACAUCCUGAGCAUCCUCCUACGAGCUGGCCAAGGUGGGCUGCAGCAUUGGGAUGGCUGAGCAUCCAAACCAGGAGCAGGCUAGGGACAGAUUUUGGAGUCACCUGCCAGCCUUGAGUCCAAGACUUCACAUGGCCUGUUGCAUCCCGCCAGCCCCACCAGGACCCUGGUACCUGUUGGCUUCUCCAAACAAGGACUUCUCACCACCAUGCCUGGUGCUCGUGGCCACCCACACCUGCAAGGUGACAGCUUCCAAGUUGCUGUUUUUCUUCUUGUGCCAUCCCGGCCACGUCGAGACCAAUAACUUCCACUGAAUCUGUUGGCUUAGAGAGCCCUGGGGUAUCUUCCCUCCCUACAAUUUGGGACCAAAUCUCAUCUCAUUCAAGCUCCUGGAGUCCAUGUCAGGGCAGGGCGGGCCACAAGCAGGGUCUGAUACAUCCUUUGCCAUCAUUUGGGGUCAGAUGGUGGCUCUGGCCUUUGCUGGCUGGACUUCAGACGCUCUGCAGUAGUGCUGCACAGGGGGACCCAUCCUUUGCAUGGAAAGCUGAGCUGGAAGGAAUUUUUUUUUCCCAUCUGGCCAGGAGGGAAGAGCAACAAAAAUGCCUUUCAUCACCCUUGUCAUCCUUGUUCUGGAGAAGAGAGCACAGUACAUGCUGCGGGAAGGAUGACUGACAGCUCAGUAUGAAGCUGUUAAGCCCAGCACUUGGGGGAUGUUGCUGGAAGUCACCCCUGGAGCAACGGGAAACCUACAGAGCAAGUGCCUAUAUAAAUAUAUAGAUAGAGAUCUACAGGCUUUUCUGGCUGGAGCUGAAGUGCAUUGCACCGAAAUAGCACUCAGGGGCUGGCUGUUCCCAUGUGUCGGGAGUCCAGCGAUCCUGUGGGGCACAGGGAGCAUCUCCUUCCCCUGCAUCCCUGGACCGCAGGGCUGGGGGCUACGGGGGACUCCCCAGCGCAGGGAUGCAGCAGCGGAGAGGGCUGGCGGGGCUGGAUUCAUUGUUCUUGGAAGAAGCCAGGACAUUUGGAGAGGAGAGACGUUUCCUUCCUGAAGGGCAGUGUGAUGGUCUCUCCCGCAGCGCUAGCCUCUCCGAGAAGGAGCUGAAGGAGGCGAAGGCGCAGAGCCAGAGGAUUGCGGCGCAGCUCACCACGGCGCCCGGCCCCAGCUCCAAGGGCGUCCUGCUCUUCAACCGCCGCAAGCAGCGUGUCGACGGGCUCGCUGGGGCCGGGCAUGGCAGAGGGCUACCGCUGAGCCCCGCGCCCCGGCCUCGGCAAGCAGCCAUGGAGGAGGGCGAGGGGCAGAGGAUGAAGCUGGAGCCCAACCAGCCUGACAUCCCGGGAGAGGUGCUGCAGGCAAACGCCUCCCCAUGCCGGGAGUCGCCUGCCGAAGCCCAGCAGGUCCCACUUAGCAUCUACCUGAAGGAGAAUAUGUCAUCAGCCACCACCAACGGCGUGCAGGAGCAGGUGGCCAGAGGGAUGGAGAGCGGGGUGGGGGGGCUCAGGGAUGCGGGAGCCCCUGCGGGGCCGAGCACGGCAGCUCUCGCUCUGCCGCAGAGCCCCGAGGAGGGGAAGAACGGUGAGGUGCCUGGCGAGGUGCCCAGCGCGCCAGCGGGGACGGCCACGGGGAUGGCAUCCCCAGCCAGCCGGGAGCAGAACGGGGCACGGGGCCGGCAGUACUACGAGGUCCAUCUCACCCUGGCCAAGCCCAAACCCGUGAAGAACCGGACGGCCAGACCCUUUGGCACCCAGACAUCCCCCACCAGUGGCCAGCCCGCAGAGGGAGCCCCCGCUGCCCGGCUGCCCCCGCCACCCACCUACGCGGAGACCCUGAGCAGCCCCCCGCCGCUCACCCGCGUCCGCUCGCCCCCCGCCUACUCGGCCCUGUACCCCCCCCGGGAGCAGAAGAUGCUGCCAGGUGCCCCCCUGAGCUGCGGGGUGAGCGGACCGAACCCCCUGCCCAAAACAGGGAUCCUAGAGGAGUCGGCUGCUCGGAGAGCCAGCAAAAAGUCCAUGUUCACCUUCGUCGAGAAGCCGAAGCUGGGCCCCAACCCCGAUCUGCUGGACCUGGUCCAGAGCGCAGACAGCAGGAAGAAGCAGAAGGAGCAGGGGGAGCCUGGUGCCGAGGACGAGCCCUUUGCCCUCGGGGCUGAAGCUGCCAACUUUGUCCCCAACAGUGUGGCCAGGGGCGGGCAGCACCUCCCGCCGCCGGCUGACGAUGCUCCAGCGUGGUCCUCCUGCCUCAAGUCCCCCACCAUCCAGCCCAAGCCGAAGCCGCAGCCCAGCCACAACCUCAGCGAAGCGAGAGGGAAAGGGGCCGAGCUCUUUGCCCGCCGGCAGUCCAGGAUGGAGAAGUUCAUCAUUGAGGCUCCCUCCCAGCCCGAGCUGCUGCGGUCCCCAUCACCCACCAUGUCCCUGCCUCCCUCCUGGAAGUACGAUGCCAAUGCUUGCCUGUCACCCAUGGUCUCCAGACACCCCUCUAAGAGUCCCUCCAGGCCCGCCAAAACCCCCCCAGCAUCUCUGUAUGGUGGCAACCUGAUGGAGAAUGAGGUCUCUCAGAAGGAGCUAGAGAUCUCCAAGCACCAGCCCUACCAGCUCCAGUCUUCACUCUUCAUCCUCUCCCCAUCUAAGGGGCCAGCAAGGUCCAUGCCCCGGGAGAUGCCUCCGCCCAGACCCUCUCUUCCUGAUGCCUACCCCUACCUGCAGCAAACCUCCUGCCCGACCUCUCCGUUGCCUCCUUCCCCUGUUUGGCAUCCCCCCACUGUGCCCGGCGCUGGCCAGACCACCUCCAGCCCCCUCCCCAGCACCGCCGGGGCUCUGCCCCUGACCCACGGCAGCCGUGCCAGUCCUGGAGCCGAGGUACUGCUGGCCUCCCCGUGCCGCCUGCUGCCGCCCCGAGCAAAGGGGGGCUUCCAGGCGCCCCGGCCCUCCUACUCCACCAGGAACGCCGGCAUCGAGCCGCAGGAAAGGCGGCCGUCCCUCCCCACCUCACCCACCUGGACACCCCGGCUGGCGUGGCGCCCGGGCAGCCUGGACGGCUGGGCCAGCCCGGCCUCGGUGCCUGAGCUGGAUGAGGGACCCCCCAUGUCCCCUCCAUGGAGUGAGCGGUCCCUGUCCCCGCUGCGACAGGACGCCGACCCCCGGGCCAGCCGGCAGAUGCAAGCACGGCUCGCCAGGAACAUCAUCAACGCUGCCCGGAGGAAAAGCUCCUCUCCCAAAGCCGUGGGGCCGGAGGGCUCCCGGCCCUUCACCCCCAUCCCCGCCGGCCCCCCCAGCCUGCCCCAGUCCCCCCGGCUGGUGCGGGCAGAGGGCUCCAGAGCCCCGGCACUGCAGGCCACCAGCAGCGUGCUGGGGAGCCUGGGCAGCCCCUCAUCCACCCACAAAAGCCCCCUGCGAUCGCCCAGGGCGGACGGCCCCCAAUUUUGUCCCUCCCCUGGGAUGCCCCGAGCCACCUGGGCAGAGGGUCACCGGCUCCUGCUGCCACCCGGGAUGUCCUCCUGCCCCGUCCCCGGGCUGUCCCCCUGCCCCAAGAGCCCCCUGCCAUCCCCCGUGGUGGGCGGGCGGUCCCUGGCCAAGCGCUGCACCUCCCGGUCCCCCACGGACUCGGAUGUCUCCCUCGACUCCGAAGAUUCGGGGGCCAAGAGCCCGGGCAUCCACAGCUUCAACCUCUGCCCCCGGGGCUGGACCGGCAGCCUGCGGCUGAAGCCAGGGGGGCUGCCCUCGGGGGCCCCCUGCACCUCCUAGACAAGCCAGCCCUGGCUGGGGUCACCCUCUCCCUGGCCCUGCCAGCCUGGGCAAUGCCACCCGAUGCCCCCCCCACCGGGAACACCCCAACCCUGGAGGCUGCGUCCCUGCUCCCUGGGGGGGGCUGCCGCGGCCCCUCGGCGUGCCGGUGGGGUCAGGUGCUUCCCGCCUGCCCGCCAUCCCACGGCCCCCGCUCUAUUUUUACCACCCUAACCUUUCGGAGCAGGACUGCCUGGUCAGCAGGCAGAGCAGGCAGAGCAGGCAGCAGGGGGGAGCCAGCGCCCGGCACGGCCCUCUCCCUCCACAGCCCCCUCAAUGGAGCAGGGGUGGGGACAGGCCCAGUGGUCCCCUGCGAGCCCCCUGUCCCCAGCGCCGGGAGGUCCCAGACCCCAGCACCCCACAGCUCUGCUUUCCCGGGUGGCACGGCCGGUGCUGCUGCCCGCAGGGUCACCGCACACCUGGCAGGGGUGGGCAGUGCCGAGUGGGUGCCGCGGCCGGGGCACCCUCUCCCAGCCUCUCCCAGCUUCUAGAUCUGGCUGCUUUCAACUGAAACCAGAUUUGGGGGAGGAAAAGUUAAUUUUUUUAUUCCAGCCCCCAGUCCCCCAGGUCUUCGUUGCCUUCUUUUUUACUUUUGAUCCUUUCUCAAAGAAAUUCCCCCAAAUCCUUCCCCGGUGACCAAAAAGAGCCAAAGUUAUUUAUUGCCACAUCAAGGGGACCGUUUACAGGUGCCCUCCCAUCCUGCCCAGGCAAACACGAGGGACAGCCCCAUCCUGUCCCCUGUCACUGUCCCCAUCCCCAGGCUCACCCCAUCCCUGUCCCCACCCCUGCGGGAUGGAGGGACACAGGGGGACCAGCGAGCCCUGUGGCAGCCGGGGAUGGUGGGUGGAUGUGGGGGAAUGCGGGGGUGGGUGAAGGAAGCGGUACAGGUUGCAGAGGGUUUGAAGGAGGUGUUGGUGCAGGAGGCAAUGCUGAGAGUGUCUUGGGGACAGGGUGGUGUCCCCAUGGAGAGCUGCUCAGGGCCAGCACCCUGCAAGGGGCUGGGGGAGCAGGCAAAUGCCCCCCGAGGGCAGCAAUGUCAGAGAGAAGCUCAGGGGGGUGAUGGGGAGAAGAGGGCGUCAGGGUGGACACAGUUACAUGGCAGAGCCUGGGGACAGCAGUGGGUGCCGAGGAGGGCAACGGGUCCCCAAAGCAUUUGUCCCCACCCAGGGGUGAGUGGGAGCAGUCAGGGUUCCAGGAGAUGCUGUGGCGGUGAUGCAGCCACCUGCCCAGGGGACACAGCCUUGGUGCCAGUAAGACCAACAUGGAGAAAGGAGGAUGUGCUUGGGCUGCUGGGGCUCUGGCACGUUCCCCAUUCAAGGAGCCCCUGUCACCCCUUCCCUUUCCCCAGGACGCACCGUUGCAGCCAGCACAUCCCUGUUCCCCGGGGGUCCCCCUGCCCUGCAGUCUGCCCUUCCCAGCACACAGCCCCCCCUCGCUCACCAGCCACCACGACCCGCCUUUGCCACACAGUUGUAUACCCAGCUCAGAAAUAAACUGCCGUUAUCCCACCCAGCCUGGCCUGCCUGGCUCCGAUCUGUC